GAUGACUUUCCGACCUUACAGACUAUAUAACGAAGCUUUUAUCCAUCACUGCUCUUCACCUACUUCUCAACAAUUCCUCCCAAAUCUCUCUAUCAAUCAAUUUCACCUCUCAAUCUCAAUCCCAAUCUUUUUGUAACAAUGGGUGUGAAGCUUUAUGGAAUUCCUUUGUCGACACCAACCGCAGUUGUAAUGACAUGCCUGGCCGAGAAAGAAGUCGAGUAUGAGCUUGUCCCUGUUAAUCUCUCCACAGGAGAACACAAAACCCCAACUCAUCUCGCAAAAAAUCCAUUUGGAAAGAUUCCAGCCUUGGAAGAUGGCUCCAUCACACUUUUUGAAUCUCGAGCAAUCACGGCGUACAUAUCCCAUAAGUACCAAUCCGGUACAGACCUGUUCAGACAUGACAACAUCGAAGAAGCAGCCAUGGUUGGAGUAUGGGUAGAAGUGGAAUCACAACAAUUUAGCCCUCCUAUCGCUUCGAUUAUCUAUGAAAUUUUAGUAAAGCCUUACACUGGCCAAACUACAGAUCAAUCAACUGUCGAUGCCAAUGUUGUGAAAUUGAGUUCGGUGCUUGAUGUUUAUGAAGCUAGAUUGAGCAGUUCAAAGUACUUGGCAUGUGAUUCUUUUACUCUUGCUGAUCUUCAUCACAUUCCUUACAUUCACUACCUCCUCAAGACUCCUCAUGCGGAUUUAAUCACUUCGAGGCCUCAUGUUAACGCGUGGUGGGAGGAUAUUUCUGCUAGGCCAUCGUUUGUUAAGGUUGCGGAACAGGUGGAUGCUAUAAUUGCUAAAGCUUGAUUUACUGAGAGAUGUUCUCUUUGUUUCUUUUCUUUCAUCCUCCUUGUCAAGUUAUAAAUUAAAACACUAUGUUGUGUGUGUUUGUGUUUUUCUACGCUUCAAAAAUGAAUGUUAAUGUUGUGGUGAUACAUUUGAAAGUAUGAUAUUCCUUAUUAAUGGGAUUGUGGUGACAGAAAUGCAAAAUGUAAAUUCAGUGGGAAUAUAGUACGUGUGACGCGUUGGUUAAAUCAA